GGUAGCUAGGGGUCAGGAGGACUUAUAUGAGAGGGGAGUGACUCGUAAUCCAUCUUUGGAGGCCGGGCCUCACAGACAGCGAAAAGAGAGGAAAGGGAGAGAGAAGGUGUGUUGUUUGAGAGUGUGAGAAGGGGUAAGAGGAGUGUUCGUCCAAACGUAAGGAGAGGGCAGACCCCUCUUGAGAGUUCUACUGACGCCCCUUCCUCCAGCAUGGCGGUCAUCACAUCUGCCCAAGGCAGGCCAUGCUGGAUGCAGCCGACAUUGCUGAUCAGGUGGCUCUCCUUCGGAUCCCGGAAGCCAAUGCUGACCGGUUCCAGGAGGAACUAGCUGCUGCUGUAGCAGCCUUGGUCCGAUUGCGGACCUUGGAAAACCUUGAGUCUCGUAUGACAGCACUUGAGCAGCGGAACGAAGAGGUGCAGGCUAAAGUAAUUAGCCUUGAACAGUCCCAGCUGUCUGCCUGCUGCCCUCCUAACCCUCGAUCUGCUAUAAUUCCAACCUCUCAAGCCAACACAGCCCUCGUGCCAAGGGCAAGCGGAACUGUUGCAAGCGCAGGAACCGGCGCCAGCUCCUCGAGCGGCAGCACCGGCAGUUCUGCGCUGGUCACGGUCCCGAAUGCAGGGACUUCAGCCCAAAACGCCACAGUCCUUACUAGCGUUCAGUACAGCGGUCCCAUGGUGGGCAAGCGGGCGGCCACGCUGCCGUCCAAGUACGACGGGAAGGCAGACAUCACCUCUUGGAUUAGUUCCAUGCGGUCGUACUUCGAGGUCAUGCGGACACCGCAAGAGGACCGAAGUAUGAUCAUGGGAACUAAUACCGAGCCUGCCGUACGAAACCACAUUGAGCUCCAAGCUGUUGUUGUAGGCUAUGCACGCAUAGACCUGACUGAUUGGUUGAAGGUCACCCCUGUCCGCGUUCUUGAGGAUCUUCUCCUUGACCGGUACCAGGAUAAACAUGUUGCGCUCAAGGCUAGGCUGAAGCUUGAGGCCCUCAAGGGCCAAACAUGGAGGUCAUCCAUGCAGGCUUUGGAACAGCACUUGACUAGUCUGUUCACCACUCCGGAUCUGGGAAUGACUGACGUAUCUUGUAUGGAUGUAGUCAUGGGAGUGGCCCCUAAGAAUUACCUCUCCCUGCUAGCACUCAAGGACCAUGCCACCUGGCGAGAACUCAUGAAGGACCUAGUCGACCUAGAGGCCAAGGACCUCGCCAGGCGCAAGAAGGCGCCCGCUGCAGAUGGGAAACCACAACGCAAGCGGUUUGGAAGCAGCAACCAGCUUGCACUGCAUGAUCAUCGGGAGGCUGACGAUCAGUCCUAUGCGGAUGAUCUGUCUCUAGAUGACGAUCUAGAGCCGGACUCCGAUACGGGUUGUUCCACAUCAGCCAUUGAGUGUGACAGAAAUGAUGAUGAGAAACUUAAUGCAUUCAGAAAGACUGCUUCAAAUAAGGACCCUAACCGUGGUUCAGUCAAACACAAGAUCGAGAUAGUAGAAGGGAGUGUUCCUCCAAAAGGCUGCGUCUAUCGUAUGGGACAAGGCGAGUUGGAGGAGCUGCGGAGACAAAUCGAUCACAUGAUUGAUCGUGGAUGGAUUAGGCCUAGCGAGUCUGAGUUUGGCGCACCUGUUUUGUUUGUACCAAAGAAAGGAGGCAAACUCCGGAUGUGUAUUGACUAUCGUGGCCUCAAUCGGAUCACAAGAAAGAAUGGUUACCCUUUGCCUCGCAUAGAUGAUCUGCUAGAUGCGGUCGGUGGAUGCAAGGUCUUCUCCAAGAUCGACCUCAAAUCUGGUUACCAUCAGAUUGAAGUUGAUCCGAGUGACCAGCACAAGACUGCAUUCAAGACACGCGAUGGGCUGUACGAGUUCAUCGUUAUGCCCUUCGGUCUUACGAAUGCACCGGCCACCUUUCAGUGCCUCAUGGACAAGGUACUUCGCCAUCAACUCAACAGGUUUGUGGUUGUGUACCUUGAUGAUAUCUUGAUCUUCAGCAAAACCAUGGAGGAGCACCUCAAGCACCUUGAGGAAGUUUUGCAGGUCCUCAAGGAGGCGCAACUGCACCUCAACUUGGAGAAAUCUGAGUUUGGGAGGGACAAAGUCAUCUAUCUUGGGCAUCAGUUGUUUGCAAACGGCCUUGAGCCGGAGGCAACCAAGGUUGAGGUCAUCCGAAAUUGGCCUCAACCGGCAAAUGUACGCGAACUGCUUUCUUUCCUUGGUCUGGCCUCAUAUUACCGGAAGUUUGUGCCCAAAUUCUUUGUCAUUGCUCACCCUCUCUCAAGACUAACCAGCAAGAAUGUUGCCUAUGCAUGGUGUGAGAAGUGUGAGCCUGCGUUCCAAGCCUUGAAAGAGGCAUUGGUGAGUCAUCCUGUGCUUCGCAUUGCCGAUCCCAACCUCACUUUCGUAGUCACUACGAAUGGGAGCCAGUUCGGGAUUGGUGUUGUGCUGCAGCAAGAUGAUGGUGAUGGCCUGCAUCCGCUCGAGUACUACAGCAAACGCAUGCCCAGCCAUAAGAAAUUCAUUGCUGAAUGUCAGGUAUGCCAAAGAAUCAAGGUCCACAGGCAUAAGCCUUAUGGCCUACUAAGACCUCUCCCCAUUCCUGAUGGACCCGGUGAGUCAAUUUCCAUCGACUUCACGGACAUGGGAAAGGUGAGUGAGGCUGGGAAUUCACAAGUCAUAGUCAUUGUGGACCGCUUUUCCAAAUUUCUGAACUUGAUUCCUCUCCCUCCUCACGCCCCGACUGAACUUGUCAUAGAAGAAUUCCAUCAGCAGUACAUUCUGCAGUCCGGCGUCCCGAAAACUAUUGUGAGUGAUCGGGACACCAGAUUCAUCAACAAAGAUUGGAAAGACUUCACAUCUCAGAUCUACGACAUCAAACUGAACAUGACUUCUGGUCGACACCCCGAAGCCAACGGAUUGGCUGAGGAGAUCAACCAGACUGUCAUCCAAGUGCUUCGCGCACUAAUUGUUCCAGAUCAGAACACGUGAGACAAGGAAUUGCACAAAGUG